UGUGCCAGGCUCAGCUUAAAGAUAAUGGCAGAAGGGCGUCAGCUAAAUACAUACAUCAGAGAUUUGAAUACAGUACUAUCCAAUUUAAGUCACUUUCCUAAAGACAAGUGGAGAAGCUUUGGCCUGGAAGCUGGUCUGUAUGAGCCAACACUGUCAGCCAUUGAAGCUAAUCAUCGUGGAGAUGUUGAAGGAUGUUUCAGGGAAUGUGUAUCUCUCUGGCUAAAGAAAAAGGAUGGAGUUGAUAAGAAAGGAGCACCAACAUGGCUGAGACUAAGAGAUAUACUGGAAGAGAUUGGAGAAAAGGAUUUAGCUGAUGAAAUCAGGAGGCAUGGUUAGUAUAAGACAUGGUUAGUUCGUAUGCUGGGACAAAGGAACGGUGCAAGAAAGAGAAGCAAUGCUGGAGGAGUUCCUCAAUACUUGUAGUGACAUGACACAAUCUCAACUGGAGGCACACUUUAAUGACUGCUCUAGCCUCUUCCUCGCUAGACUCACCGCCUGGCUUAGGAUUACGUACAUGUUUGGGACAUGUGUUGGUAUACAGUUACAAUGUAUUGGAGUAUUUAUCAACAUAGGAGCCAGUUAUUUGACAGAGUUCCUUGAAGUUGGUGGUAUCCUCACUUCACUUGAAAUUGUUAACUUGAAGUCCUGUGAAGAGCCAGACAAAUCAGAAGCUCUUCGUUUAUUAACUCAAAUAUCAAAGAAAGGAAGACACUUUAAAGAAAUGAUAUGUGAAAGCUAUGGUAUCAAAGUUGUUGCCGAAUGUCUUGGACGGUCUCAACUAUCAGAAACUCAAGAGUGUGCUCAGCACCUCCUCCAUGAGCUAUCAAUGGCUAAUCCCAGGUACCAGACACAAGUAUAUAAAGCACUGAUUGCUUUACUGGCCUCUUCAUCCUCUGAAGCUCAGAGACUCUCAACCUACACACUGAGACUAAUACAGCCUUCCAUUGGUGUUGUCAGUGGCUCCAUUGUUGACCCAUUGCUAAUGUUACUGAGGAGCUUACACCUUGAUAUUCAACGUGAAGCUGGUCUACUCAUUAAUGAUCUAUUGGAGUACGAGGAGAUACAGCAGCCAUUGCUAAUGGGGCUGGUUAAUCUGUUGAAGGUUGAAGACGUCACAUCUAAAGGAGGAGGGGCUGGAAGAAGUAUUGUCACUGCUCAGGUGCAGCAGGAAAGUUCUGCAAAAAUAAUAAAGGAGAUAAUAGAGAGACACCCUCACCUAGCACAGAAACUGGUAGAGGUUAAUGUGGUCCAUCAGUUGUUGUAUGCCCUCAGUAAUACUAGCUACUCUAACAGUCAGAGACAGAGCUGUGCUGCUCUACAGGCACUGAUGAAUGAGCUGGUAUCAGUUAGAGAAUUAGUACAAGUUAUGAUUGGAGACACUUUAUUUGAGAAAAUAAUAAAAAGUUCUCCAGAUGCUAUACCUGAAGUAUUAUCACUUGAUGAUGUUGAUAUAUUACUAGCUUCAAGAAACUUUAAAGAAUAAACAAUAUUCACAAAGAUGACAAUGUACAUGUACAUGUAAAGUGCAGUGCAUGUGUUUUAUUUUAAUAAAACUUCAAAUUUUAAACUGUUCAUGCUAUUUUGCUGUGUAUGGUAUUUUUACCUUU